AUGACUCUGGAUCGCUACUCUUACAUUGGCCCCAUAGACCACACAGUCGCUCCCAAACUAGAAAAUGUACGGGGAAAGUCGGUCAUCGUUACUGGGGGAGCCAAUGGCAUGGGUGAAGCCUUCGUGAGGGACUUCGUCGCUGCUGGCGCCUACGUGACCUUUGCAGAUGUCAACGAGCAGCGUGGCCAAGCAAUUGAGGCAGAGCUCAAUGCUAAUGGAACAACAUGCAAGUUCGUGAAAUGCGAUAUUAGAGAUUGGGACCAACAAAAGGCAGUCUUUGAAAAGGCCAAAAGCCAGAGUCCGAGCAACAGUGUUGACGUUGUGAUUGCAAACGCUGGAAUCAGCCGGAGCUCUGGCGACAGUUUGUGGAACUUGGACGACCCUGAUGGCGAGCCAACAAAACCCGACUUGAACAUUGUUCGCGUCAACAUUGACGGGACAUUCUACACGUGGAAACUGGCGGUUCAUUAUUUCCGCAAGCAGCCGGUGAAUGAUGAGAGAGACCGAUGCUUUAUCAUCACAGGCAGCAUGGUGGCGUGGAUAGACUCUCCCGUAAGUAAACAUUUCGGCUGCGCAGCAGUUUUGUAUCUGACUGAGAUGCGGCAGGGUAACUGGGAGUACACGGCCACAAAAUAUGGACUGCGUGGCUUCAUGAGAACAGUUCGAAGAUCCAGUCAUGAGCAAUCUAUACGGAUUAAUUACGUGGCACCAUGUUGGAUCAAGAGUGCCAUCCGAACGGCCGAGUACGAAAAGUGGCUUAUCGACAAUGGGGUCGAGUUUGGCGAGCAGAAGGAUGUCUCAAGCUGCAUGUUGCGAAUUGCUACCGAUAAGUCUAUAAAUGGCCGUUCUCUGAUGAUAACUCCUCGCACAAUCGCCGAAGAGGGAUUUGUGGAUAUUGAUAGAGAAGACUAUAAGGACACCCCGGAGGAUGAAUAUCUAAAGAAGGUACAGGCCUCUCAGCUAGUGAUAAUUAAAGACAAAUGGCUGGACGACUACAAGGUCAGGAUAUACAAGGACUGA